CUACUCAUUCGUUUAAAAGAAUUUUGUGGAGAAUUUCUCAAGAAAAAACUUCAUCUCUCAAAUUGUGUGGCAAUUCAUAGCUUAGCCCACAUGUACACCCUGAGCCAACUUGCUCUGAAGGCUGCUGAUAUGAUACGGAGAAAUUUCCACAAAGUGAUUCAGGAUGAAGAAUUUUAUACGUUACCUUUCCAUCUCAUUAGAGACUGGCUUUCAGAUUUGGAAAUUACAGUUGAUUCUGAAGAGGUUCUCUUUGAAACCGUUUUGAAAUGGGUUCAGAGAAAUGCUGAAGAGAGAGAGAGAUACUUUGAAGAACUUUUUAAAUUGCUCAGGUUGUCCCAGAUGAAACCUACCUACCUUACUCGACAUGUCAAACCAGAGAGGCUGGUAGCCAAUAAUGAAGUUUGUGUCAAGUUGGUGGCUGACGCAGUGGAGAGACAUGCUCUGAGAGCUGAGAAUAUACAAUCGGGCACAUGCCAGCACCCCACUUCUCAUGUCUCACUAUUGCCUCGUUAUGGGCAAAACAUGGAUGUGAUCAUGGUUAUUGGAGGUGUGUCAGAAGGAGGGGACUAUUUAAGUGAAUGUGUGGGAUAUUUUGUUGAUGAGGACAGAUGGGUAAACCUGCCACAUAUUCAUAAUCACCUCGAUGGACAUGCUGUUGCAGUAACAGAAUCCUACGUGUAUGUUGCUGGAUCAAUGGAGCCAGGGUUUGCUAAAACUGUUGAAAGGUAUAGCCCAAAUUUGAAUACUUGGGAACAUGUUUGUAGUCUGAUGACAAGAAAGCAUUCUUUUGGACUAACAGAAGUCAAAGGGAAGCUCUAUAGCAUUGGAGGACAUGGCAACUUUAGUCCUGGUUUUAAAGAUGUGACUGUUUAUAAUCCUGAGCUUGAUAAAUGGCACAACUUGGAAUCGGCACCAAAGAUUCUUCGAGAUGUCAAAGCACUAGCCAUUGAAGACCGGUUUGUAUACAUUGCCGCCCGCACUCCUGUAGACCGGGACACUGAAGAUGGAUUAAAGGCUGUAAUUACUUGCUAUGAUACAGAGACUCGACAGUGGCAAGAUGUGGAAUCUUUGCCCCUUAUUGACAAUUACUGCUUUUUCCAAAUGUCUGUGGUCAAUUCAAACUUUUAUCAGACAGCAUCAUGUUGUCCCAAGAGUUAUUGUUUAGAAAACGAAGAAGCAGUAAGAAAAAUUGCCAGCCAAGUGUCUGAUGAGAUCCUUGAAAGCUUGCCUCCAGAAGUCCUAAGCAUCGAAGGAGCAGCAAUUUGCUAUUACAAAGAUGAUGUCUUCAUUAUAGGAGGCUGGAAAAACAGUGAUGAUAUUGAUAAACAGUAUCGGAAAGAAGCCUACCGAUACUGUGCUGAGAGGAAGAGGUGGAUGCUUCUUCCUCCUAUGCCACAACCUCGUUGUAGAGCCACUGCUUGUCAUGUGAGGAUCCCAUACCGGUACUUGCAUGGCACACAGAGAUAUCCUAUGCCUCAAAACCUGAUGUGGCAGAAGGACCGCAUCAGACAGAUGCAAGAGAUACAUCGUCACGCCCUGAACAUGCGGCGAGUGCCAAGCUCUCAGAUAGAAUGCUAGGUUCUCUCAAGCGUGCCAAUUAAAACUGUUAUACCCGUUUCGUGAAGCUGAAGAUAUCCAGGCUGUUACUUGAAAAAGCAGCCUAGGCCACGGCUGAAAAGAAGGGGUAAGUCCUUCAUUGCAUGAUGAUGUGUGCAGGUUUUCCUGAAUUUCUAAUUUUUAUAUUUGAAUUCACGUGUAAUUUCACAUCAAUAACUUGUGUUUCUGAAAUAUCCUAACUAACUUGUUAAUAAGGAAAGAAACCAGAUUUGCUUAAAUCUGUUCAAGGCUGACAUUCUGAAAUUCUUAACUGGAAAUAACUUCCCAGAGUAUUUGCAAAGGUUCUAAUUACAAGGAUCAGGCCUAAAAUAGCUCCUUGGGAAAGAAGUUUCCUUGUUGAUGAGAAAACUUAAAAGAUUGUUUUUGGUAAUGUAAGCAGUUAAAAAUAUGACUUUAGAAGGACAGCUUAAUGCGUAUUCAAGCAAACCUUUGUUUUGUUGUUCUCCUUUUGUUCGUAGAAGAGAGAGGAAGUCAUUAUACCAAAAAGUAAUAGUUACAUAACUUUGAGUGAGGCUACUUACAUCUUAGAAUGGGUAUCCUUGAACUAUAUCUACCCCACCAUGGCUUAAAAAAAAAAUCAGUGGUAUAUAUUGAGAAUGUCAGUCAUGAGCUUAGUGUUUAAGUAACACAUCCCACUUACAGUUGUUUGCAUGAUUAGUCUUGUGUAUCAUGAUACUCAACUUUGCGUUUGCUGUGCCAGUUCAAAAAUAACUUUUUUGCUAAAAACUCUUAAAAUUCAUGACAUAAGUUUUGUUUUGAUCACCUGGUUUUAUAUAGUAUUUCUGGGACCAAAAAAUUUAAAUAUACCUUUUUAAUAUAGAACAGAAGUUUGAAGCUGGAAAGAUAGUGUUUAUGGAAGACUUGUGUGUUUUUGUUUUUUUAAACCCAUCAGGCUGCUGGUAAGGCAGUUUCUAGGGCUAACUUUUCCUCCUUACCUCUUGACUAGUGUAGCAUGUGGUAUGUUUAAAAUACUUCAUUUUCUGCUUCGUAAUUCUAAUAUCAACACUAUGGUGUAUGUAGACAGGUGAGCUGAAUGGUAUGUUUUAGUUAUUUGGUCUAAUCAAGCAUAACUAAAGGGACUUCUUUUUUGGUACUUUUCUCAAAUUAAGUUUAAAUAUAGUAUACUGGCCACAUUUCAUGUCUUUGAAAGUUUACAUUACUGUAAACCAAGUACUCUGUCUACACCAGAGGGUGCUUUAACUAUAAAAUAUUUGAAAAACAAUUCAGUCUCUCCUGAACUCUCAAACAUUUUGGCACAGUUCAUCACUCCAGUUUGUUACUUUCUUGAGAAUAGUCCAUUUUUUGUUUUUGUGAUUAUAACGUAUGUUCUGGUCAUUGGAAACAGAACAGCUCAUAGUUGAGUGAUGUAAUAUAAUAACAGUAAUAUAACCUAGUAGUCAUUUUGCUUCAAGGAAUUUAAUUAGAUAGCAAAAUCACUGCUGUUUAUUACAUUGUAGGGCUUUUUGUCUUUCUCAGUGACCAUCACUACGAAUGUCUUACAUUGAAGCACAGACUGCAGAGCACUUGUUAACUUAAUCCUCCUGCAUAAUGCACUCGUGAAAAGUAGUGCUUGCUAGGUGUUUGAAGAUUUUAUGAUCCAUGUGCUUAGGCUCGUUGAGUUAUUUGUAAAAUAAACAUUUAGUUUGAGUUGAUGCGGUGAGUUUUUUGGGCUAGUAGUGUCCGUGUCCCUACUCUACUGAAAAUGUAAUCUUCACUAUUUCCCUUUAAGUCAGAGGAGAUGUAGUAGUUAGAACACCUUGAGACAUUACAUUGUAAAAUAGCUCAUUUUAUGUUCCUGAAGUUAUCUUGUUCUCUGUUAAAGCUACUAAUUGUCUCAGUGUAAGUUUUAAAUAAAUAUAUUUCUUUAAA